GGAGGAGUUGGACGUAAAGAGGGUGAGACAAGCAAGGGAGAGACAUUGGGGAUAGAGAGAGAGAGAGAGAGAGAGAGAGAGACAGAGAGAGGAAGAGAGAGGGAGAGCGAGUAUAAGCCUGAUUGCCCCCACCCUGGCUUUUGGGCUGCCGCUGUACCACCACUGCGUGAAACCCCUUCGCAUCUUCCUCAUCCUCCUCCCCUGCUUUUCCCAUACUAUAAUAAUCAUUAUUAUCCCUCCAAUUCUCUCUCCUCCCUAAAUGUACAUGAAUUUUAUGUACAGAUCUUGCCUCUGCAUGCCUUAAAACAGUUUCUCCAAAUUCAGUUUCUGAUUGGGAUUCAUUUACCCUAUUGGAGUCUUCAAAAAUCAAAUCCAACAACGUCUCGGAACUUCUUGCCUUGUUGGGGGAUCUGAAAGGUGAAACUCAUACAUCCUAUUGUUGCCUUCCUUUUUUCACGUUAGCGGAAUAGCCUGCUAAUUUGAAAAGAAGGAAGUGUUUAAGUGGUUGUUACGGUACUUGAAGUUAUAAUUGUUGUUGAAAAUGGAUACGGCGAGCGAGAAGAAGUCGUCGGCAGUGUCCGAUGUCGGAGCGUGGGCCAUGAACGUUGUCAGCUCCGUCGGCAUCAUUAUGGCUAACAAGCAGCUUAUGUCUUCUUCCGGUUACGGUUUUAGCUUUGCGACGACGCUGACUGGAUUCCACUUCGGGCUGACGGCACUGGUAGGUCUGGUGUCAAAUGCGACUGGUUUAUCAGCAUCAAAGCAUGUUCCUAUGUGGGAGCUUAUCUGGUUCUCUCUUGUUGCAAAUACCUCCAUCACUGCCAUGAACUUCAGCCUCAUGCUCAACUCUGUCGGCUUCUAUCAGAUUUCAAAACUGAGCAUGAUUCCGGUUGUUUGCGUCAUGGAAUGGAUUCUUCACAACAAGCAAUACUCCAAAGAAGUGAAACUAUCUGUUCUGGUUGUGGUAAUUGGUGUUGGUAUUUGCACCGUGACCGAUGUGAAGGUUAAUGCUAAAGGUUUUGUAUGUGCCUGCAUAGCCGUCUUGUCUACAUCUCUGCAGCAAAUUUCAAUAGGUUCUUUGCAGAAGAAAUACUCAAUUGGAUCUUUUGAAUUGCUGAGCAAGACUGCCCCAAUUCAAGCCCUCUCACUACUUGUUCUCGGUCCGUUUGUUGAUUAUUACCUUACUGGCAAAUUUAUUGCAAAUUACAAGAUGUCUUAUGGUGUCAUUUUAUUCAUUCUUCUAUCAUGCUUAUUAGCUGUCUUCUGUAAUAUAAGUCAGUACCUCUGCAUUGGGCGAUUCUCGGCUGUAUCCUUCCAGGUUUUAGGUCACAUGAAAACUGUAUGCGUUCUCACCUUAGGGUGGCUUCUCUUCGAUUCUGAGCUGACUUUUAAGAACAUAAUGGGCAUGCUUCUAGCUGUUGUUGGAAUGAUCAUUUACAGUUGGGCUGUGGAGGCUGCAAAACAGUCAAAUGCAAAAGCUUUGGCUCAUUCAAAAAAUAGUUUAACUGAAGAAGAAAUUAGACUUCUGAAGGAAGGAGUAGAAAAGACUCCUUUGAAAGAUGUCGAACUUGGUGAGACUAAAGAAUAGCUAAAAAGGAGCUGUUUUCAGCUGGAGUAGGCUUUUGUAUUUUUUCCUGUAUAAUUUUUCCCCCUUCGGUUUCAGUUCAUUUUACCCAACCAUCUCUCUGAAAGUUAUAUCGCAAGCAAGAUUUAUUGUUCCAUCUCUGACCUCCCUCAAAUUCUUUUCAGAAAUCUUGUUCUGUUCCAUUGAAAAGUUCGUUUCUUUACUUCAAUUUUUUAAUCUUAUUUCUUAAAUUAUUCCUGUGAUGUUCAGUAGAGGUCAGAUGAAAUUGAGAUGGAACUAUUAGUAAAAUUCAUAUUUUCAGCUGAAA